ACAUUAUAUGGGUUUCGUUGUGAUAACCAUUACGUGGAAGUUCAACGCCAUAUUGGCAGUAAAUAUACAAAAUGAUGUUCAGCUGUGAUCCACAUAUCUUGGUACCAAUCGCUUGCAUGUUGGUAAUUUGUGUAUGUUGUAACGACGAGCGCGAGAAGAGGAUUCUUCUAACGGAUCCGAACUAUGUCCAGCAACAGAUGACCCACCUACAGGGAGAACUACAGACCCUACAGGCCACGGUACAAUCACAGACGAGUGAAAUAUCCUCUCUGAAACAACAACUCGUACAGUCAAAAAAUGUUGCCGGAUCCACAUUUGUUCGCUGGGGAAGGCCCGAUUGCCCCGCAAACCUGACAGAGCUUGUGUAUUCUGGUUACGCUGGCGGUUCUUGGUAUGGUCACUCUGGAGCUGCAGCCGAACAUCUUUGUCUGCCAUCCGAUCCAGAAUGGUUACAAACAACAGUUGAACCAAACGACUACACCGGAAGAAUUUACGGGGCGGAGUACGAAUCAGAUACUGGUCAUACUCUAUUCGGCACAAACUCGCGUGACGAAGAAGUUCCGUGUGCGGUCUGUAGAUCUACGUCCUUUGUUUCCUCUGUGAUGAUACCGGCGAGGACGACAUGCUACAGCGGCUGGACAAAGGCGUACGGCGGGUCACUGUCGUCAGGGUACUACGGUCAUGCAGCUGCUACCCAAUACGUUUGUGUAGAUGAGCAUGCGCAGCCUCUUGUUGGAGGAGCGGAUAGAAAUGAUAACGGUUUGCUGUUUGUUGGAGUCAAAGCCUUAUGUGGCUCUCUGCGAUGUCCACCAUACAAGCAAGAUAAAUACAUUUCCUGUGUAGUUUGCAUGAAAUAAAAAGAUUUUCAUUUUGUA